AAGAAGAAGAAGGCCUGGGCCUCCUCCCUCUGCCCUCCUCAGGCCUUCCCCUUCAGCAGCAGCAGCAGGAGAACAACAUGAGGGAAGAGGAGCUGGGGCUGCGCAGGAAGUGGCUUGGCCAAUGACCCCCAGCCCUGGGCUGCUCCUCUCCCCCUGAAGCCCUCCUCCAUCCAUGUCCCAAGGAAGGGGGCCUCCGCUGCCUCAGGAGCAGGAUGCUGCGCCGCCCGCCUCCGCCUCUGCUGCUGCUCUGAAGGAAGAAGGAUGGAAGGAGUGCUCUACAAGUGGACCAAUUAUAUCACAGGUUGGCAGCCUCGUUGGUUUGUUCUAGAUAGUGGGACAUUGUCUUACUACGAUUCACAGGAUGAUGUUUGUAAAGGUAGUAAAGGAAGCAUAAAGAUGGCAGUUUGUGAAAUCAAAGUGCACCCUGUAGACAGCACAAGAAUGGAGUUAAUAAUUCCAGGAGAACAGCAUUUCUACAUGAAAGCUGUUAAUGCAGCUGAACGACAAAGGUGGCUAGUGGCACUGGGGAGCUCAAAAGCCUGCUUGACAGACACCAGAACGAAAAAAGAGAAAGAAAUGAAUGAAACCAAUGAAUCUCUCAAAACCAAAAUGUCUGAGCUUCGUCUCUACUGUGACCUUCUAAUGCAACAGGUCCAUACAAUACAAGAAUACGUUCACCACGAUAAGAAUCAUUCGUCACCUACUGUGGAGAAUAUGAAUGAAGCUUCUUCCUUGCUCAGUGCCACUUGUGACACAUUUAUCACGACGCUUGAAGAAUGUGUGAAAAUAGCUAAUGCCAAGUUUAAGCCAGAGAUAUUUCAGCUGCCUCAUCCUGAUCCCUUAGUUUCUCCUGUGUCACCUUCACCUGUACAGAUGAUGAAACGUUCUGUUAGCCACCCAGGUACUUGUAAUCCCGAGAGGAGUGGUUACUCCAUGAAAGAGCCAAAUUCAUCUUCCCAUCGAUUAUCACAAAAAUGGAGAAGAACCGUGUCUGAUGCCGGACCAUCUAUAGAUACUCCCCUUGAAGAUGUAGACAGACCAGCAUUCUAUUCCAGAGAUACUCUCAAUGGAGAUUUGGCACCUUCAGCCCUUCCUGAAGCAGCAACGUUACCAUUCUGUGAUUCUAAAAGAGAAUCAGAACUUGAAGAGACUCUUCCACCUGCUUUGUGAAGAAAUGAAGGGAACGACUUUCUCUCAGUAAUGCUAUGCAAAAGCUGCUGUGGUUUUGUUGUUGUAGGGGAGUAGUGAGUUCCUGUGUGAAGGAUUUCUCUGCACUUUAUAGAGUAAUGUUAAAAAAAACCCUUUGAAGUGUAUUUUAUCUUUAUAUAGUUUAUUUGCAAGAGUAUUUUCCUAAAACAAAAAAAGUUCAGUUUGUGCAUUUUUACUAGAUGGGUAUGUACCUUUGUAAAUGUAGCUCUUCUUUUUACAAAGCUGGACAGUCUGACAACUGAGUUUAGAUAUUCUAAACCUUGAGAAAAAGGUUUCACAUUUGGGUUAGGGACAGCUUGUGCCCUAACCUGGACAGCUCAUAUGAUCACAUAGUUGCUAUGUCAGUGAUAGUAUCCUUUUGGUACAAGCCCAUGUCUCACUGAACUCAGUGGCAAUGCUUCCAUUUUCUUUUUCAUGGCACAUUGUGUUUUGGUGGUACGUUUCUGAGACUGUAUUUCUAAAGUUCUAGCUUAUAGGUGAUUAGUGUUUCUAUCUUUUUUAAAGCAGCAGUGUACAAAAGUUCACAGUCGUGGAACUUUAGAUGCACAUUAAGUGCUGUCAAUUUCCACGGGACAAGUGCAGGUUAAGGGAAUAUUCCAACCAAAAACAUGCACUUUUUACGUCCCCUUGACUUUAAUGAGAGCAUUUUUUUAUACAGUGAAGUAAGUGAGAAUUCAGUGUUUAGCUUUAGCUGACUCUUGCCCUUAAAUGCUUGAAUUCUCUUGUGCUGUAAUUUUUUUUCCUAAAAAAAGGAUGGGGCUCAGAACUCUUGUAUUUCUCCAAAUUGCACUCAAUACCAAAAUGAUGGAUAAAAUGUGCAGUAUUUUUAUUUAAAGGAAGGAAUAUAAAUUAUGUGAUCACAAGGCAUUAUACAAUACAUGUGUAAAGAUAUUUUGACAUUUUAAAAAUAUACUCCUUUUGCACCACAAAAUGCAUAGUAUUCGUUAGUGGGCAUGUGGAGCAGAGAUGCGGAGACAUGCUUAAUUCUUGUUGGGGUAGACUACAUAAAUAAAUGCACUCCUAGUACUGUACUGUUUUUUGUUGCAUUUUAUUUAAGAUGGUUGGGCAUCAUCUAACCAAAGCAGGUCUAAUGGAUUUUGCUGGAAAACUAAAGUAUAUGUUUAUCUCUUUCUGUGAGUGCCUGACCUUGGCUGGAUUCUGCCCUUUGCACUUAAAAGCAAACGAUCCUUGGUAUGUCCUUUUUAUCAAGAUGUUAUUUUAGCACUGGUUUGUAAAAUCUGCUCUUCAGCUGCCAUUGUAACAUAUUCAUAUUUGCUGCCAUACAUUUAUUUAUGACAUAUUUAUACCAAAGGAGGAUGGUCACUUUUAUUAUUUUGAGUCUUGUAACUUCAUAUACAACAAUUUUAUUCUUUCAAUUCCAGUAUCAAAUAAUGAACUUGCCUCUAAUAGAGCUGAGAACUGAGCUGUGAUUAGAGAAUGAACCAUUUAGCGUAGUUACCGCCUCUUAUUCUUCAUAGGACUCAUUCAUCAGAAACUUCUACUUUGCAAGCUCUGCUUUAUUUUGGGAUGUUUUUUGUUAUGGUUUUUUUCCCCAAGAGCAAAGAUGAAAUACACAUCUUAAUUAUAAGCAUGGUUUGCACAGAAGUUUCUGAUGGAUUGUACCUAAAGUUUCUUAGUGUUCUGAAAUGUAUUUUUAGUUCGUUUUUGUAUAAACUUUGGGAUAAAUUUGGUAUAUGUCUUGGCCAUGGAGCACUUUUAAAAAAAUAAAAUAAACAUUUUUUUAAAAAAGAAAAGAGGUUACGUAAGUGUUAAAUAAAUAAAUAAAUACAGUUUUUACACUGAA